GUCACUCCUGCACGGCGGGUGCUGGAGCACGAGCUGCCGCUCGCUCGGGCAGGGCGCCCCCUCCGCCCGCCUCCCGCUUCCUCCUCCUCCGCCGCCGCCGCCGCCGCCGCCACCAUUGUAUAAUGCUCCGAGCGCGCCGGCGGCGGACUGCGGAGUCUUAGCUUCGGUCUCGCCGGCCGCCCGCUCCCCGGCGCCACCCUCGGGCCCCCGGAGCGGGGACUCCGCAUGGACAGGGAGUAGCUUGAGGAGUGGGCGGAAACCCCUCCUGAUGCGUUAGUUCCCAGGUGGAGCUGCAUGUGAUAUAUGUUGGGUAAAGGGGAAAAACGGAAGUUUGACGAGCAUGAAGAUGGGCUGGAAGGCAAAAUCCUGGCUCCCUCCGACGGUCCGUCCAAGGUGUCUUACACCUUACAGCGCCAGACUAUCUUCAACAUUUCCCUUAUGAAGCUCUACAACCACAGGCCCCUCACGGAGCCCAGCUUGCAAAAGACCGUUCUCAUCAACAACAUGCUGCGGCGCAUCCAGGAGGAGCUCAAGCAGGAAGGCAGCCUGAGGCCCGCGCUCGCCGCCGCCGCCGCGCCCGCGCCCCCGCCCCGCCCCGCCCCGCCCCCGCCCCCGCCCGGCCCGCUGAGCGACAGCUACCGGGAGGCCCCGCCCCCGGCCCCGGCCCCGGCCCCGCCCCCGCCGGCCGGCGGCGACCUCGGAAGCACUACGCCCCUGGACGCCUGCCUCACGCCCGCCUCGCUGCUCGAGGACGACGACGACGGCACGUUUUGCACUUCCCCGGCCGCGCCGCCCGCGGCUCCCCUCAGACUGCCGGCCCCCGCGCCGCCGCCGCCGCCGCCCCCCCCGCCGCCGCCGCCGGCGCCCGAGAAGGACAGCUUCGCCUCCGCGCUGGACGAGAUCGAGGAGCUGUGCCCCACACCUACCUCCCCCGGGGCCGCGGCGGCGGCGGCGGCGGCGGCGGCGGGGCCCGACGGCUCCAGGGGCGGCGCGGCCGCCAAGCCCGACGACCCGAAGCUCAUGGACCCUCUGCCCGGGAACUUUGAGAUCACGACGUCCACGGGCUUCCUGACGGACCUGACCCUGGACGACAUCCUGUUCGCCGACAUCGACACGUCCAUGUACGACUUCGACCCCUGCACGUCGGCGGCGGGGACGGCCUCCAAGAUGGCGCCGGUGUCGGUGUCGGCGGACGACCUCCUCAAGACGCUGGCCCCGUACAGCAGCCAGCCGGUCGCCCCGAGUCAGCCUUUCAAGAUGGACCUCACGGAGCUGGACCACAUCAUGGAGGUGCUGGUCGGCUCCUGAGGGCCCCGCGGACCGGCGUCCCCGCGCCCCGCCCGCCCGGCGGCAGCGGCGGCGGCGGCGCGCACCCUCAGCUCUCCGCACUGCGCAUGCGCCCUUGCUUGCCUUUUCCAGAGAAGAUCGUUUUACUCGAGGAUCACACUAGUUUGUUUUUGGGGUAUUUUUUUGUUUGUUUGUUUCUUUUUCUUUUUUUUUCUUUCUUUCCUUUUUUUUUUUUUUUUUUUUUUUUUUUGCUUUGAGCAGAGUUGGAGUGCCUUCAUCCACGUAGGACCACUUUCAAUACGCCGUUUCGAGUGGUUCCCAGAGACCUACCUGCCCUGGAAUAGGAAGGAACACCUUUGAAGACCACGUGGCUAUGCCGAAUGACAAAAGACAAACAGUUCAAGUGAAGCACAAGGAAGAAGUUGGAAAAGCUGUAAAUUGCAUGUGCAUAUUUGUCUAUUUUUUCUAUAAGUUUUAUUGCAAGAGGUAAAAAGAGAAAAAAAAUAUAUAUAUAUUAUUUAGAUAAUCUCAGUACCUUUUCUGGCAUUUUUCGCCCUGUAUAGGUUGACUUGGCAAUUCAGCCUUUUUAGAGGCAUUAACUACUCCUCCUAAGUGUUGCAUUUACAUGGCUGUUUAGAAACUGCUGCCCAAAUUUAUUUUAUAUUUUUGUACAGAUUCUGCAGUUUAUGAUAUUGUUUUUCUAAAAACAAAUGCUGUUUAUACAUAUGAGAUAGCUAUUUUGAUAGGAUUUGCUCACAUAGUUCCUGCAAAACUUCAGAUGUACAAGUUGCACUUGUACUUUUAUAGAGUUGUAAUGUUUUAUAUGUGUUUGGUGCAAAGAGAAAAUUGGAUCAAAUUAAUCCGCAGUCGAUGUCCCCAAAUGCAAACACACACACACACACACACACACACACUGCUUUAAGAAAGGGCCAGGCGAUGCAUCACACCCAAAUCCCACAGGCGACCGACCCCCUGGCAUGAACACCCGCCAGCACUGUGACUUCCAAAGCCAGAGCCAUAUCCGCUCAUCAAACUUGCAUUCAGCAGUUGGCGGGAGAUGGCCUUGGAGCUCGGGGGAGGGGGGGGGGUUGAAGUGAUGGUUCUCUUUAGCUCCCUCUCUGGAGGGGAAGGCUACCGAAUACUCACCGUAUUUAUGCCAAGUUUGUGCUUUUAAUUGUUCUUAUUUUUUUAGACAGAAACCCAGAUCUUUCCCUUUUGGCAUAAUUUUUACAAUGACCUGAAAUUUUACAUGAGAACAAAAUUUUCUGAAAAGAAACCGACCUCUUCGUGGAACUAAACCCUGUUUGCAAUGCUUAGGGCUCGCAAGGAAGAAACUACCCCAGAAGGCAUCCAUCCACUGUGUUGCUCAAUUGUCUUUUCCAGCUUCCCUUCCCUAGAGCUUUUUGUUCCCUCUGUUGCUAAGUGCUGAAAAUGGCAUCCUGAUGAUCACCACAGUGAGCUCAGCUCACCUCGGCCCGGCCAGGGAUGCUGUCUUGUAACAUCCGUUGGCUCUUGAACCUGGAGUUGGUACCGUUAUGUCACAGCUUCCAGUCUGGUUGCUUCCUUGAAUCAACCGCUUCAACUACACUUUACAAGGCUGUUUUACCCAAAUACACAGACAGGACUUUCUAUGCAUGUUCCUCCUCCUUCCCCCUGCCUCCCCUCCACUCCACCCCCCACCCCCACCCCCAGGACACUUGAGAAGUAGCUUUUUAUUCCUAGCGGUGUACAUUUAAUUUUAAAACAUUUGCAAUGUAUCAUGCUUGUUGCCGAAAUUGUUGAUGGCCUUUUCGUUUCAGUUUUUUUUUUUUUUUCUUUCUUCCAAUGGUACUUUAGCUGGUUACAACCUUAUAUUGUUGAAAUGCAGAUGGCUUCUUUAGGAAUAACUUUUAUAUUUAUUUAAGAAUUUUUAAAUUAUGGGAUUUGUGUUAUUGUUGUUGUCUUUGUUGUUGGUCAUUUGUCAAUAUUCAGUCACCAAUUCUGCUCACUUCUUGCCAUGGAUAAAAUUGAGUCUUUCUGGCCAAUUAAAAUAAGACAGCUUUAUAAAAUGGCACUUUAAACAAGCCAUAGAUAGUUUUAUUUUUAUAAUGCACAUGGCAAAGCAAAUACAUUUGUGAUGAAGGAACUGCUCACUUAAGCAAAAGAUUUGCGUGUGAUAGGAUUAAAUUUUUCUAUAAUCGAAUUUACUUCCCCCCCUCCCCCAUUUGAAUGUGUUUUUAAAGGCUAAUUGUCAACUCCGAGCAGUGAGAAACAGAUCAAAUUGCACUUGUUCUCCUACAAGCAGCCUCCACCUGGGCACCUCUCACUGCUGCAGAUGUGUCAUUUCCUUUGACAGGACCAGGGACCAUACAGUUAGGGUGAGGGUGGUUGUAGAUGCUUCCGUGUCACUGUGCCUGUCCAUUUUAAGAGCUUCCUUUUCCUGUGGAGAACAAGUCUGCCCAGACACCAUCCUUCUGAUAACCCAGCAAAGUCCCCACAUGCCGCACACACAUACGUACGUACACAGACACAAUAGUGUUGAUUAUUCUGAACAAUAACAGGGCAAGGCGGUUGAUUUGCCAUUGUUAAAAACUGAUUUACAGUAACUUAGAACAACUGUACUUUGGUUGGAUUAGCAAAUCGUGUGUUUAAACAAAUCCCAUAUGUUGGGCAACAGUUCAAAUAAGCACAGCAAAGUGUUGCCCAAACAUGGUUCUCUGACUCUCUCAUAUUUGUAAGGCUGGGCUUCAAAAUCAAAACAAAACCCCCCCAACAACAGCAGGCAAGUGCUUUUUAACGCUGGACACCCUUGUCAUAAAUGCUCAAUAUUCCAGGUCUGUUGAGGAAGACAUGGGAAAUUAAUGGCCCAUCUUACGAAGAACAAAAACAUCAAGCGUCCAAGUUAUCUUUGUCUUAUUUUUUUCAAAGCGACGUCCCAAUGGGGAAGAAUGCGGGCCUGGGUGUGAUCUCCAAGCCCCAGUUUGAGUGUUGGGAUGCGCUUCCAGACGCCACCUGGCUGUAGUGCCUUCCCCCUUUCUAAAGGACAUGGUGUGGCAUUUGGAGUCAGGCAGGCGGUUUGAGGUGCCUUUAUGAGAAAGACGUGCUGGGUGGGGCUGGGAGAGGAAAAUUAUUGACAGUGAUGUGCAAUGAAAUGACAAGAUGAGAGCAGAAUAAUAAGAGCUUUGAAUUUGAAGUGAUUUUUUUCAUAAGUUAUUUAUUCCUUUUUUUUCUGUGUAAAUAUAUUUAUUUUACUGUGGAGCUCUAACAACAUCUGGAUCGUACCAUGUGCAGAAUGUAUGGUAGGAAUGUAUUCAUUCUCUUGUAGGAAUGUCAGUCUGUGUUCAAAGGGGGUCCGAGCCAGACCCCUGGAUCUUCUCAUUGUAUGCACCGUCCACGUUCAGUUUUAUCCUCUUCUCUGUAUAGGUCUAUUUGAAAUAUGCAAAAGGUAUGGAUGAGGAAUGUUUUAAUACCUCCAAAUUUUUUUAAGAAAAUCAAGCAUCAAAGGGUUGAUAUUUUUAAACUUUUUUUAGUAACACUUUCUCUUGAUGACAGAAGGGGCAACCACACUGAGACCCUCGUUCACCCCCAAGGGUGAGAACUAGCCAGAGCCUCCGCUACACCUCGAGUGUCUUUAUCAAUUGAGCUUUUUAUUGCCAUAUCCCCGUGGAGUAUCCCAACUGCCCUGAGGUCAAUCAAGGAAAAUUUCUUAAAUAAAUAAGCUCCAAAGAGCCAAAGUAUCAUCUUACAGAUCGUUUUUAAAGCUUAAAUUUAUUAACCACCUUUGUGGUAAACAAUGAAUUAUGAAUACCACAGGGCAGCCUUCUUAAAUGACAGAUGUAAAAAAAAAAAAAAACAAACACAAAAAGACUCUACUUUGUGCAGCGAUUGUUACCCUCUGUAUGAAUUGUCUUAAUUUCAAAACCUUGCUGUUACAAAUUGGACCUUUAUACAUUUUACGAAAAUACUGAAAAGAGCAUACCUAACCUGUUCUGGCUGUGAAUGGUUAACUUCCUGUAACUGCCAAAGGCAGCGAGGUGUGUGCGUCCUGCUUGUGUACAGUUGUUCUCAGUGCUUCUAAGAAUGAGUCUAAAUGGUUCUUGAAAAUUAGCCAGGAUCAAAUGCUAUUGCAGACAAAGCCAAUAAAAAUUUCGGACGUGUUUUGGGGAUAACAAGUUUGGAAGAGAAGUGCAGUCCAGACAAGCAAACAAACAAGAUUUUGGAAGAGAUGUACAUAGUGACAUGUUUGGUGCAUGGUUUUUGAGGAAGGCUUUUGUCAGAAAGGAGGUGUAACCUUUCCCCCACAGACCUGAGAGCUGUGCCUUUUCUAUGCAAUAUUACAGACGUUACAUCGGAACCCAGAUAGCUGUAUUCACACGUAGGUUCGGGCUGUAAUCUAAACAAUUGGACAGAUUAAAUGUACAUGGAAAUGAGCAGUCUUACUUUUGUAGUUUUAUAUUAUACAAUAAACAGUUAAAAGAUGAA